CUAUAAUUAUCAUACUAUACGAUUUGUUGAUAGUACGUAAUAAUUAAUCUGACGGAGACAAAUAAUAAUGCAAAGAAACACAACGAAUACGCUAAAUUUAACCGAGCAGUGAACGAGACCAAUAAUGCAGGAAGGUAAGGACGUUUGAAAUUCGUUACAACAGACGGUGAUCGCGUAUGUAGCUGUGAUCGAGACUAAAAAUGCCAUUCAAGUUACGAUUGAAAAGAAGCCGCCAGUACAAUGUCGUCUCAAAAUCACUAUUCGUCGUCGGAGUCGAACUUCUGGACAGCACAUCGGUCGAGUGUACGUUGGCGACCGAAUCUCUCGGAAGGGAAUGUCUGGAUAAUAUUUGCCAAAAACUCUCAUUCCAACAGCCCGAGUUUUUCGGAUUAAGGUACGUUUCUCGAAACGGGGCUCCUAGAUGGGUUGAAUUGGAUCGUCCGCUGAAACGGCAGCUAGAUAAGCAUUCGAUCAAGUACACGUUGUAUCUGCGAAUCAUGUACUACGUCUCCGGUAUCAAUUUGUUGACUGAUGAAAUGACUAGGUAUCAUUACUUUUUACAACUCAAAUCGGAUGUUAUAGAAGGACGAAUAAAAUGUAAUACAGAACAAGCUAUAUUACUCGCUAGUUACAGUAUGCAAGCCGAAUUUGGCAAUCAUGACGUUGAGAAGCACACGCCGGAGUACUUGAAAGAAUUCGUCUUGUUCCCGAAACACAUCAUCAACGGUCAUCAAGGCGAAUUGACCGAGGCUGUUAUUUGUCAGCAUGCAGCUUUAGCCGGGUUACCUCAAGGUACAGCCGAAGAGUAUUAUAUUUUAGCAGCUCAACAAUUAGAAGGAUAUGGACAGGAGACGUUUACUGCGAAAGAUGGAAGUAGUAACGAAGUAUUGAUCGGAAUUUCACUGACUGGAAUCACUGUUCGAAGCGACGUAUCCCAACCUGCCAAAUUUUACAAAUGGAGAGAUAUUACUAACGUAGUUAAUCAUAAACGGUAUUUCGGUAUCGAGUGUCAAAUCCCCGAAGAAACCGUGCAUUAUCAAUUCGCUGACGUGGAAUCGGCCAAAUACGUUUGGCGUAUGUGCGUUCAUCAGCAUACAUUUUUCGCUCAAUACGGUCAAUCAGCUGAUCAAGGCAACGCGGCGGAAAUUGUGAAAGCUUUGCUGUCCAGAAAUACACCGGAUGAAUUGCAUAUGAAUAGCAGCCACGAAGAAAUAGACGGAGAUUAUAAAAUGGACGAGCAAGUUUCAGAUAAAAAUAUGAAAAUGAUCGAAGAAAAUUCAAUUAUGGGAUGGGAAAGGCAAAAAGCGCAAUCUACUUCUUGUCUCGACCUUUCAUCGGUUAAUCCGGAAAUUGAUCGAUUGAGAGCUUUACUGCCCGGUUACCGUCAAGCUCCAGAUUACGAGACGGCUAUCCAAAAGAAAUACCAUAACCAUCGUAACGAAAUUCGUAACGUUAUACCGAAUCCAGUACUGUACAGUAGUCAUCCAGAUAUUCAUUCGGCGGCUCAUUUGCAGCAACACAAUCACAUGUAUAAGCAUUAUCCGGACGUGGCUCAAGUAGAGCGAUUGUAUAGAUCGGAGCAUGUACCAGUACCUCAUGUCGAUCAGGUCAUUCACACGUAUAGCACUCCUGAAUUGGAUACCGUUACCAAUAACCUAAUCCAAGGUAUGCAAAUGAUGCAUUUAUGCAAACCACCCCCACCGUACCCGAUCAAUAGACCGAGUAGCAAUAGUACGCCCGAUUUGGCGUCGCAGACGUUCGCUCAUCAUAGUCAUUAUAUUAUAAGUUCGCAGGUCAGCGGAUCGAGCCCUGAUUUGGUAUCGUCUCGGUCACCGUACAAUUUGCCAUAUACCGAUUAUCGUAAUUUGCAGUAUUCCAACAUGUUACCUAAUGCUGAAGCCCAUCGAACGUAUACUAAUUUAGCUAUGCUGGAUCCUCAACAAAGAAUAAACGAUUUGAAAGCUAAAUUAGAUCCGGUCGGUUUAUACAUGAAGAGACAAAACGGAGGUGUUUUCUCACCAACUCCUGUCACAUCCUACAUGGUCGGCAGCAAUCUUUAUAAUGGCGUUGGUAACAUCUCCGAACCUAUUUACGAAAACGUUCCUCUACCAUGGCCACCGCCAUCGCAGCAGCAGCAGCAUUCGAUCGACACCUCGAACAACAUAGCAGGACUAGGUAGCAGCAGUAGUGGGAUCGCAGUCGGUCUCGGCGCCGGUGGCGGUGCAUCAUCUAGCAUGGUCGAAAGUCGUAGCAGAGCUUCCAGUAUACAAUCAGCUCCGGAAAUGAGCACGGUGACGAUAACGACGACAACGGCGACUAGUUCGACUGGUCCUUCGAUGACAACGGAUCGAAAUAACGUAACGAACGUUACCAUUACAUCGGCAGCUUCUGUGACAGUUGACGAAAUGAAAGCUUCGGUUUCGGGCACUGGCAGCAGUAUCGGCGGCGCAGACGCUAAUAAAAGUAUCUCUUUCUCGAAUCCGUCCUCUACAUCGUCGUCGUCCAGACUUACUUCGGCUAAUCAUUCGGUUAAUACCUCCUUCGAUUCGUCUCAUUUCGAUAGCAAUCACUCCGGAACGUUGAGCAAGGAUCGAGGUGGUGGUCAGAAAGGACGUCGUAAAUGGGGCGGAAUUCUCGGCGGCGGUACUAAACACAAGCAUGGUAAUCGUCACGACGACGAUAUGGUUGACGGGAUUCGGCCAGGUGCAGGGUUACACGAUACGCUACCCAAACAUCCGCUACCGACCUCUAUCUCUAAAGAAGCUAUGUGUCAAUUAUUGGAACGUAAAUUGGAAGAUAGUCAAUUGAUAUUCGAAUUCGAGAAAAUUCCCAGGUUCAAAAGCAACACCGAUUUUACCACCGCUCAUCUACCGGAGAAUAUCAAUCGAAAUAGGCAUAAGGAUAUUUUACCUUACGAAGAAAAUCGUGUACGUUUGAGUCCUACCAAAGAAAACAAACACGGAUACAUUAACGCUUCCAAUAUCACGGCUUCGGUUGGUAAUCAACAAAAAUUCUACAUUGCUGCUCAAAGUCCCCUCCCAUCGACAGUUAACCACUUCUGGCAAAUGAUCUGGGAAACAGACGUAUACCUGGUGGUAAACUUGAGCGAUUUAAACGACUGCAACACCGUUCCUUAUUAUCACUCUACGUUGACGGAUAAACCUUUCGAAAGCGGAGAGUUCCAAGUCUGGAGUCAGUUUUCGCAAGAGACCGGACAUUGUAUUACGACUAAAUUACGUGUAUUUCAUAGCUCGUCCAGACGUGUUCGAGGUAUUUGGCAUUUACAGUACACCGAAUGGGUAAACGACGGAUGUCCUAAAGAUGUAGCUCAUUUUUUGGGUUUUAUCGAAGAAUUGAGUUCCGUUCGUCAGCAUACAAUUACGGAGAUCCCAUCGCAACAUAAUAGAAAUCCACCUGUUUUGGUACAUUGCUGCACUGGUAUUGGUCGAACAGCGGUGACCAUUUUGAGCGAUUUGUUAUUGUAUACCUUAGAUCAUAACCAGGAACUGGAUAUCGCUAGAGUUGUGCUGUUAAUGCGCCACCAAAGAAUGCUGAUGAUCGAAACAGUUACACAGUACAGAUUUGUAUAUAGUUUAUUAGCAUAUUACUUGAAAAAUUCUAGACUUAUAUAAUGGUGUUUUAUAUUCAUUCUUUUGUCUAUCAUUUUUACGAAUAAGUCAAUUAAUGUGUACUAAUAUUAUUCACUGCCUUUUUACUGUUUUUUCUUCUUUUUUUUUUAUAUUAUUCGAUAGAUUAAAAGACAAUCUAAUAAUUUUUUUAACUGAUGGACAAAUCGAACGUUUUUAAUCGCUUAUAUAUUAUAUUAUGAGAUAUGUUUUUCUUCCAUAUCAUUUAUUUUUGAAAAUUGAUACAGGGUAUCAGUGAUUUUUUUACGCCUAAAAGGCUCGUUGUUACCUCGUUUUCGAUUUUUUUUUUCAAAUUUUAUAUAUUGAUUUUUUACGAUUGUAAUUUUUUACCCCCUCUAUGUUGUACAAGUACAACAAAGAUAUUUGACGAUCAAAAAGAAAUCAAGACAGGGCAACUUUUUCGAAACAAUUACUAUACGAUUUUUUACGUUUUAACUUUUAAGUGUAGAUUUUUGACUUUUUUUCUCCCCAUCUAGAUGGAACAAAAAUAAUGUUUAUUCGCGAAUUAUUUUUUUUUAUACUAUAACUGUUACCAUAUGUAGGUAUUUUAAGUAAUAAAAUUGUUUAUUUAUUUUGGAAUGUUAUUGUAGACGAUUCUUGUUGAUUUUUUUAGGCUCGUUCAUCAAGUCCAGCGGAUUUGAUUGUUUGUUUGUUUUAUCUCUCUUUUUAAUAUUGUAUGGUUAUCGUUUUUAUUUUUUUGUCUUUUUGAGUUUUGUAUGACAAUAUUUUAUUUAUUCCACUAACCUAUAUAAAUUUUACCGAAUAAAACCUUCUUUUUUUA